UGGACAACAAAGUUUCUCUGGAUUGUCAGUAGGCGUUUUCACUGCAGCAUGUGGGAAUUUCCCUCCACAGUAUAAAUAAUUAUUGAGGUCUUGCGGUUUUUUUUGGUGUGCAACAUCCGGCACUGAUGGCGAUAACAAGCGCAUUAAAUUGAAGCAAAGUGUGUGCUGCGCAUGCAUUAUAUACAUAUGAGAUAGAAAAUGUUUCUCUAUACAGAACUCUGAUAUAUGUAUAUAAUCAGAGAGUGAGAAAGGGAGAGUGAAAGAGGAGGUGGUAGGAUACACUGUCAAAGAAAUAGAGUGAGGUAGGGAUAGAGACGGAUGUGGGAAGACUGGAGGAAGGGUUGCAUACAAAAUGGCAUCUAUCGAGACCAACCAACCAAGUCCUCAAAAGUUGUACAGGUGAGCGUGACGUAAAUCCAGUCAUUAACGUGCCACCACCCGGUCUAGCGGUUUGGGAAUGCCCGUUUGAAUGGGGACUUCAUUUGAUUCAUCCGCACAUCAUUCGCCGGUCAUCAAAGCCUCUGCAGAGUUGACACGAGACAGCAGCGUAUAACGGACGACUGUCAUUGCUGGCUGUGCUGUGUUCUACUGAUGCUUUCAGACUUUCAGGUGCAACUCUACAUCAACAUAACCAAGCCACUACCGCCAAAACCGACAUUUAGACCGGAAGCAGGCAGGACUCGAUCAUGGCCUUUCUAGCGAUCUGUGCUCUCUUGCUGUGUGUUGGUCCGAUGAACUCGAUGAAAGCUGACGGAAGCGGGCCAGGUGUCACAUCUUUGGUCCAGAGGAGCAGCUUCCUGCGCGUUAGCUGCUCAGCGACUACAGGCAAAGAAAACCAAAUAACGUACAUCACCCUCAACAUCAGCAAAAACGUCAGCAUAAACGAACAGGUGGCAUUUGUGCACGCUUCCAAACAUGGUGCAGUCCACGAAGGGUUAGAAGACGUCGCCGUACAUGGCUACAUCAACAACAGCGGCAACCCACCGUCGGCUUACCUCGAGAUCAGCUACCAAGAGCUACCUUAUGCCAACAAGACCUUUGUGUGCGGCUGCAACUUCAUUUCUGACACUCCUCACAAGUGCGAGCUGAACGAACGGUGGGAAGAUGCUGUCGUGUACGUCUGCGGCACAGACGCGGCACCUGACGACAUCACCAACAUCGUGGUGGUGGAGAAGAACGGAAAGAGCGGAAAGAACGAGUCAUUCGUUGGGCCCAACAGCACCUCGGCUUCGGAUGUUGCUAACAAAAUGCAAUACUGGGGAGACAGUGGUCAUGAGAGAGCGUCCACGUGGGUGGUGGUCAAGAGAUCAUCGCAGAUGCUUCACGUCAUCACAUCCCAUAAUCCGGACUCGGACUCGCUCUUCUGCCGCAUCAGCACAAAGACGGGGGGAACUGAAGACUUCCCGAUGAGCCUGGGGUUCAUCCUCCCAAAUAGCUCGAGAGUCAAGGGUGAUGCCGAGGCUGAGAAAAGCUAUAGCUGGCUUGGUUACCCUUUUCUUGUUUUAAUUCUGGUCGCUGUCAUCGCGGCGUUCAUCGUUAGGGAGCGGAACUGGAGAUCCAGAACUCGGCAUCAUCAAUCGAAUACGGAGAGCCAAAAUAGGUUAAUCCCUGAUCCGUCGAAUGGGUCAGAGGUGAGCCAAGUCUGACCGUGUGAAAGACAGUGUAAAUGAGUGUGUAGAGUGGAAAACAGUUUAUCUAACCCUCAUUCCGAGCUCACAGAUUAUUUGAAUUGACAUCGAUCUCAGCUCAUCACAAUAACGACACUAUUUUCUGAGCGAGUCAAUUCAUCUAUUUAAGCAAAUGGAAGAAUACCAUUCCCUGUGCUUCCUGUAGCAUCACAGUCCCUUACCGUCUUUCAGGGUGAAACAGGAUGUCUGUCAUAGCCUGAGUGUGCUGGUCAUAGCCUGCUCCAAAUGUCAGUCUGGUGGUGUUUCCUAUCCAGACUUUCAGAGAGAUUCUAUCAGCAUCAGACAUACGGACUCCACGGGUAACGACAGGAAAUGCCACCCCACCGCUCCUCCUAUCCCAGAAGUGCAUCUGUAUUACAUCAUUCAUUGAAGACAAACGAGCGGUUGUGUGGUGGGAGGGGGAGAUUUUUAUUUUGGUUUGCUCGGACGCUGAAGGAGGGGAGACAAGAAUCUCCAUUAGCGAAAAGGUGGGCUAAAAAUGCGCGUGCCAGUCCGAGACUUUGAUCCGAGCGCGUGAUCAGGACGGGUCCCGAUAACCAGUCACAAUGAAGGUCCUGGACUGUGGACGACCCAUGUCACGUGAUCGAAAAGAGUUCUGAAAUUAUAAACACUUAUGGAGAUAUCAGACUUUUGUCCACAUCUAAAGAUAUAGUGCUACAGAUUAUUUUCUUUAUUAUUAUUAUUAAUUAUUUUUGAAAAUUUAGGUCAGUUUAGUAAUCCCAUGACCACCAUUGCUGCUUUGUGUGGUGUAUUGCUAAAAUGGGGAAAUGGCGAGGGUUUUUUUUUUUUGUCAUCAAGGAAAAGAGCCCCUGCCCCUCUCACCCUUUCCCCUCCCUCUACGAUCUGGUGGUCAAAGAACGCGCAAGCUUGACGAUAGAAAACAGUGCUGACAAUUUCAUUAUGAGUCACUGUUGAUUCUCCCUAUUUUAGUGAAAUAAUAUUGACAGUCCAACGACAAACCACAGCUGAGAUUCCCUCAGUAAACUCCUGUCGACAUUCCAACAAUGAACAGCUGUGAAUGUUCUCACAGCUGACGAUUCUAAUAAAAGACUAUUGAAGUUUCAACAAUAAACGAGUGAUGGCAUUCCCUCUAUAAACAACGUGGAACCAACCUCACGGGCCACCAAGAACCCCAGUGAAACUGCGGGUAUGGUUUGGCCAUGGAUACCACCCGGCAUGACACUGUGUGUAAGACCGUCCUUCAGCGUACCUACGAAAGUGAUGGAUGCAGAGGAACACAGAAAAAAUUGGCUUCCUAACAUAAAUGAAUGGAGCGGCCAUACCACAUAGGACUUGCAUACAGGGAUGGGCCUUGCCAGCCUCUGCACCUGUCAGUUGUCCCCACCCCUGGCUACUAAUACCUGAAGUUCAGCAGAGCUGGACAUAAGGUGGUACAAGCCAAGGGUCACCGAAUGGAAGAACAAAUGAUGACUUCCAUCCACACUGGCUACAGAAAAAGUGCCCGCUGUAAAUUGAAUACAUUCUUUAACGGCUUGCACUUCUGUAUUCACAUGGUCAGGACGACAAACACAUAAAAUGUGCAACUGUCCCCAUUUUUGUCUCGCAUGGAACCUAGAAUAAAUGCUCAAAGUGUAUUGUUCACAGUUCCGUCCCCUUGAUAAUAGUCAAAUGAUAAGCAAGUCGGGCAACAUAAGAAAGGAUUGUGUUGUCUUUGACAACAACCCGUGUCUGCUCAGUCGAAACUACAAACCCUAAAUAAUUGUCAUAUAUAUGUCUGUCGAGCCAACAACAACACACAUAAUAAAAAAUGACCAAGUAUGUAUACCAAAGAAACAAAUCCAUUGUGAAUUAAUCAAGCUGUUUAAAGGGCCACAUUUUCAUCCCGUCACAAGAAGACAGCAGAUUAAAGGCCAACUGUGUGUCUCUGCUUCUCUCACUAACCACAACAGCCGCCGUAAGUUCACGUUGUGGUGCUGCCUCCUACUGCCGUCAUGUGACGUCACGUUGGUGAACUCAAUGCAAACAUUCAGGUGGCACAGGACGGGAGGCAGCUGACUAUUCAGCUUCGGUGUAAAUGAUGUUGCUCCCAAAUAGGAUAUUUUUACAGUUUAAAGUGCCAUUUGUUCAAUUCUCUUCUGCGAUUCUUUAACAUUGCUUAUAACGUUUAAGAAUUAUUUUUUGACGAUUCAGAGUUUAUGUUUUGAUAUUUUAUUCAAAUGUAAUAAAUUUUUUAAUGAUGUUUUGCAAUUUUUUAUUGUUGUGGUUAUUAUUAAAAGUUGCAAAAUAUUUACAAUUGCCCAAUGACACAAAUGUUCAUUGUAGUAAUAGAUAUACAAAAUCAUAAUUAUAAUAAGAAGACCUUAUAUGUGUAUAUAUAUUUGAAAAUAUAUGUGAAUAUAUAUUUACAUUAAGAGAAACGAGAAAACCACGCAUAUUAUUUGUCCUAUACGUCCUGAUGAGAGAACAAACAACACUUGCCACUCGUUAUAAAUGGAAGGGCAAGAAUAUCUUCUUUACUUUAUUUUUAGUACAUUAUUUUAUUUACUGUUGUGAAAGGUGUAAUAAGAGUAUUUCUCGCAUUACUUUCUGUUACAAACAAGAAGACUUAAGUAAAGUCACUCACAUUGUUUAUUAUAAGAACGAUCGAAAUAGUAUAACAGAAUUAUGAUGGAAAGUUUGUUAAGGGCACUUAAUUAUAAUGGUAAGGGGUAAGAAUAUGUUGACGACGAUGACAAUUGUUGACGACGAUGACAAUGCUGCUACUGCUGCUGCUGAUGACUAUUAUGAUGAUUGUUUUUGUAAUUAUUAUUGUUUGCAUACAGUGAGUAAUUUUAGUGGCUGUUGAAGUUAUGAAGUUGAAGACUUUAGAGGAUGUGCCAAUACAAACACAGAAUUACAGGUAUCCAUGCCCCACAAAUCACAUCUGUUUUCUUUUGGAUAGAACAGUGGCUGUUGAUGUCCAUGUUGAUAAAACACUGGCCGACAGCACAGAGUGAGUGCCGUUCAUAAGAACCAGAGUUCAGUGUUCGGAUGUCACUGAAUGUUGGCGGUCAGCAAGAUCACAGUAGUGAUUUCACAAAGCACAUUUCUGGAAUCCUACUAGUGAGUGCAUACAGUCUGCUUGUAUCAUUUAUUCUUGUAAUGGUUGAUGUUGAUAUUGCUUCUAAGUAAGAAAGGAAGAAGAAAACAGAGUUAAAGAAAUGUGAAGUUAAUUCAUAGGGCGUGUUCACCUGGUCAGCAUUUCGUGUCGUUUUUUACGCAACAAAAGAAAACCACAUUGUUGUGCAAUUUUAAAACUAUCACAACAAUUAUAUCAACGUGCACAGAGCCUUUCUGGUUAAAGGGUAACAUACUAGUGUUGUAAAAUAUUAAACUGAAAUAAAUGUGUUUAGGAACUAGCAUAAUCAGUGUAAAAAUAGCUGUAGCAGUAUGCAGUAAAAUAGUUAAGCCAUCUUUUGUUUGUUUUGCUUUUGUAGUUUUCUAGUGAUUUCUGAUUUAUCCACGAAAAUAAAAAAAUAAAUAUCAAAUACUGUA